AUAUUCCACCCAGACACUGUCCUGCUUUGAACAAUACUGUCCAGGUAAUUAUAUUCCACCCAGACACUGUCCUGCUUUGACCAAUACUGUCCAGGUAAUUAUAUUCCACCCAGACACUGUCCUGCUUUGAACAACACUGUCCAGUGUGUGAAUUUUCCCCAAGCAGUCCUCCAAAUACUGCUGAAGUGCUGGGUGGGAAUUUGGAAGGAGACGUUAUAACUUACACCUGUCAAACAGGUUACACACUGAUCUCUGGAGACCUGACAAGGACAUGUCUAACUGGUGGAACAUGGAGCGGUUCACCGCCUGUCUGUGACUUUGGAGGGAGCUGGCUGGCCUGGGGAGCCUGGAGCAGCUGCUCUGUGACCUGUGGUACAGGAACCUCCUUUAGAAAUCGUACUUGUCACGAUCCAAAUCUGCCCAGUGAACUGGCGCUAUGUGCAGGUGGAGCCACCAACUCUACCCAGACACUGUCCUGCUUUGAACAACACUGUCCAGUGUGUGAAUUUUCCCCAAGCAGUCCUCCAAAUACAGAUGAAGUGUUGGGCGGGAAUUUGGAAGGAGAUGUUAUAACUUACACCUGCCAUGCAGGUUACACACUGAUCUCUGGAGACCUGAUGAGGACAUGUCUAACUGGUGGAACAUGGAGCGGUUCACCCCCUGUCUGCGACUUUGGAGGGAGCUGGCUGGCCUGGGGAGCCUGGAGCAGCUGCUCAGUGAUAUGUGGUACAGGAACCUCCUUUAGAAAUCGUAUUUGUCAUGAUCCAAAUCUGCCCAGUGAACUGGCACUAUGUACAGGUGGAGCCACCAACUCUACCCAGUCACUGUCCUGCUUUGAACAACACUGUCCAGAUUGCAGCACAAUGAACUGCUUAGGGGCGUGUAUAGUCAGAGAUCAACACUCCUACUGUCUCUGCCCUGACAGCGUGAAAGAUAAAGUUGGUAUCUUUGAAGACUCAGCACUCUUCAUAACACAGAGGUGUACUGGUCAGUGUAAGCUGUCUGACCCUGGAGCCAAGGUGUCCCUAGAGGCUGUGUGUUAUCACUGUGACCCUAUGGACUAUCUAUGGGACCUCAGCCCAGUGAACACCACAGUGCAGGGACUGGACUGGAGGCAGGACACCACCACUGAUAGAACAGAGAGAGGACUGGGUGUUAAACCAGGUGUUCUUGUACCUGGGGAGCUCUACCAGGUCACAGCUAAUGGUACAAGUCAGUCUGCUGGUACAGUGCUGUCUACAUCAUGUUUCAUACAAAUGGGGACCAGCCCUAGUCCAGGAAUAUGCACAGUUUCUCCUUCUACUGGCUUUGAGAUUGUCACCAAUUUCUCAGUGAAUUGCUCUGGGUUCAGUGACAGCACUAGUCAACUCCACUAUAACUACCAUUUUUGGGAUGGAGAUCCUGCUACCAAGAAUCAAUCAGGUAUCCUGUUAGGCAGCAGUUCUGGUGGUUAUAUCCACAUCUCUGCCCUGUCUGUGUCCCCAGCCAGUGAGAACAGUCAGGGAGAGGUCCGUGUGCAUGCUGUCAAUGAAGAUGGUAUGAGGACAGUGGUGACUUCCACUGUCCAGGUAUGUUGA